AUGAUUGGCAAACGGAAAAGGGAUAUCUCCGCGGUGUCAAGGCCAAAGAAGGGUGGUAACCGUGAGGAAUCUCCGGUCGCGCCCGAACCAAGCGCUCAAGACAAACUCCGCAAAUUCUUCGAAGCCCAAUUUCAGCCUCUAGAUGUUAAAGCGCGCACUGCCGAGGACGAAUCUGAAGUGGAAUUCGACGACGACGACGAGUAUGAUGGAGAUAGCCAAGAAGAAGAGUCUGGGUCCGAGUCCGAAUGGAGCGGUCUUGAAGAAGAGAAGGAGAACGCUCCGGUUGAAGUAGUCGAGUAUCAGGCUCCUUCUCGCCCUACUGGAGACAUCAUAGACAAGAGAGCUCGAAAGGCGUUUAUGACAUCGAAACCACCUUCAUUCGAUAUAGACUUAACUACUACGGAGCUCUCAAAGAAAGCCGUGGACGACGAAGAAGACAAAGAUGUUGAGUCGCUCAAUUUGAAGAAUGAUCUUGCGCUCCAGCGACUGCUGAAAGAGUCCCAUCUCUUGGAGUCAGCUUCGGAUCUUGCGCCGACAGGCAAGAACCGGCACAAGGCACUCGAUCUGAGAAUGCAAGAGCUUGGGGCUAAGAGCUCACUUUACCACCAGAAGAACAUGCCAUCAUCAAUGCGAAAGGGAAUCAAAGCUAAGGCUGUUUCAAAGGAAGACAAGCGGCGCCGGGAGGCUCGAGAGAACGGGAUCAUCCUCGAGAAGCCCGCGCCCAAGAAGCAGAUUAGUGGUGGGCGGCGGGAACGAGGGGUUGGGGGCCCUUCGAUCGGAAAAUUUGCAGGUGGAACCCUGAAUCUGAGCAAACGGGACGUUGCGCACGUCCAAGCAUCACGACGAGGAGGCGGAAAGUCCAGAGGCCGAGGGAAGACCAGAGGCCGACGAUAG